GUGGAGAAUGGAAUUCAGGUGCCCAUCAGAGCAUCUCCCGGGGAAAGCCAAGAGUUGCUUCGCCCGCUAGAGCAGGAGGAGAACGCCCAGAAGCUGAGAUUCUCUACAGGAUGGGGAGCAACGUGCGCCUUCGCCGGGAGCAGCAGAUCCCCCUCGGUCCCCAUGAACUAUAUUUCACGAACCUUUCUAAACAGAAACAAAAGCGAGUAAUGGAGAAGAAUGGGAACAACCGGAAACUUCGGGUUUGUGUUGCUACCUGCAACAGGGCUGAUUAUUCCAAAUUGGCCCCAAUCAUGUUUGGCAUUAAAGCAGAGCCACAGUUCUUUGAGCUGGAUGUUGUGGUUUUGGGCUCCCACCUGAUUGAUGACUAUGGUAACACUUACCGUAUGAUUGAACAGGACGACUUUGACAUCCACACUAGGUUACACACAAUAGUGAGAGGAGAAGAUGAGGCAGCCAUGGUGGAAUCUGUAGGCCUUGCCUUGGUCAAGCUGCCAGAUGUCCUCAAUCGUCUGAAGCCUGACAUAAUGAUAGUCCAUGGAGACAGGUUUGAUGCUUUAGCAUUAGCAACAUCUGCAGCCUUAAUGAACAUUCGAAUUCUUCAUAUUGAAGGCGGAGAAGUCAGCGGUACUAUAGAUGACUCCAUCAGACAUGCCAUAACCAAGCUGGCUCAUUACCAUGUGUGUUGCACAAGAAGUGCAGAGCAGCAUUUGAUAUCUAUGUGUGAAGACCACGACCGUAUCCUCUUGGCAGGCUGCCCUUCAUAUGAUAAGUUGCUAUCUGCCAAAAACAAGGACUACAUGAGCAUUAUCCUCAUGUGGUUAGGUGAAGAUGUAAAACCAAAGGAUUAUAUAAUUGCUUUACAGCACCCAGUGACCACAGACAUUAAACAUUCCAUAAAGAUGUUUGAAUUGACUUUGGAUGCCUUAAUCUCUUUUAACAAGAGAACGUUGGUUUUAUUUCCAAAUAUUGAUGCAGGGAGCAAAGAAAUGGUUCGGGUAAUGAGGAAGAAGGGUGUUGAACACCACCCUAAUUUUCGAGCAGUAAAGCAUGUUCCAUUUGACCAGUUCAUUCAGCUGGUGGCUCACGCUGGCUGUAUGAUUGGAAACAGUAGCUGUGGUGUGCGAGAGGUUGGGGCAUUUGGUACUCCUGUCAUCAAUCUUGGGACACGCCAGAUAGGAAGAGAAACAGGUGAAAAUGUCCUUCACGUUCGUGAUGCUGACACCCAGGACAAAAUACUGCAAGCUCUGCACCUCCAGUUUGGGAAACAAUAUCCUUGCUCAAAGAUAUAUGGAGAUGGGAAUGCUGUUCCAAGAAUCCUAAAGUUUCUUAAGUCUAUUGAUCUUCAAGAACCCCUUCAGAAGAAAUUCUGCUUCCCUUCUGUAAAGGAAAACAUCUCUCAAGAUAUUGACCAUAUCCUUGAGACCCAGAGUGCUUUGGCAGUGGAUCUGGGUGGAACAAACCUCCGAGUAGCAAUUGUCAGCAUGAAGGGUGAAAUAGUUAAGAAAUAUACCCAGCUGAAUCCAAAAACUUAUGAAGACAGAAUAGAAUUGAUCCUUAAGAUGUGUGUAGAAGCCGCCUCAGAAGCAGUAAAUCUAAACUGCAGAAUUCUGGGUGUGGGUAUUUCUACAGGUGGACGAGUAAAUCCCCGAGAAGGCGUUGUUCUUCAUUCCACAAAACUUAUUCAGGAGUGGAAUACUGUUGAUCUGCGUACUCCGAUAUCGGAUGUGCUUCACUUGCCAGUGUGGGUAGACAAUGACGGUAACUGUGCAGCUCUGGCAGAGAGAAAAUUUGGGCAAGGAAAAGGAGUGGAAAACUUCGUAACCCUCAUCACUGGUACAGGUAUUGGUGGUGGAAUCAUUCAUCAGAAUGAAUUGAUCCAUGGAAGUUCUUUUUGUGCUGCUGAGCUUGGACACAUUGUAGUCUCUUUAGAUGGACCCGAGUGCCUGUGUGGGAGCCAUGGAUGUAUCGAAGCGUAUGCUUCUGGAAUAGCCUUGCAGAGAGAAGCUAAGAAGUUGCACGAUGAGGAUUUAUUGUUAAUUGGGGGGAUGUCUGUAAUGAAGGAAGAGGCAGUAACUGCUGCACAUCUCAUCCAGGCAGCCAAACUAGGAAAUACAAAAGCUGAGCAUAUUGUCAAAACAGCAGGGAGAGCUCUGGGCCUUGGAGUUGUGAACAUCCUGCAUACUAUUAACCCCUCCCUUGUGAUACUUUCUGGCAUCCUUGCAAGCCAUUAUAUCAACACUGUCAAAGAUGUGAUUCAUCAGCAGGCGUUGUUCUCUGUGCAGAAUGUCAAGGUGGUUGUCUCAGAGCUGUCAGAUCCUGCCUUGCUUGGAGCUGCUAGUAUGGUUCUGGACUAUACAACACGCAGGAUAUACUAGGCAAAACAUUGGAAGGAAACACAUUACUGCAGUUUAUAGCAGUUCUCUGAAAAGAGAGGUUUCUUACUGAAGUCAACUUUCUUUUUUUUAAGUAGGCUAGUAGGGUCUUCAGAUCUAUAUCUUACUUUUUUAAUGUGCUGUUUCAUUGGGUGCUGGAAGAACACAGGAUCCUGGGAAGAUUGCUCACAGGGAGACUUUCUCACAGAUCUUUAUGAAACUAAAAAAUUCCUGGGGAUGACUGAAUGCCAGACAUCUAAAAAUAAAAAUGAGAGACCUGAAUUCCCUUACUACUUCCUACUCAUAGAUUUUCCAGCUACAUGAGCCAAGACGUAGUCAUCUCAGUAACCAGAAACUGGAAUAGUCAUUAAACAAAGAAAGAAACCUUCCAUAUGUGCAACAGUGUGCAACUGUUCCUGCCUCUGCAGAGGCUAAAUGAGCAGCUAUAAUCUUUAUGAGAUACUACAACAAUCGUAAUGCUAGGCUAUCCAGCAGUAUGCAGUGAUCAUCCAUGUAUUUAUUUGUUAAAUUAAUAUUGAAAAACCUAGUUUGGAAGAAGAGCCCAAUGAUAUAUGAUGCACUUACAAGUACAGCUUCCAAGAGCCUUGACGACUUGCUAGGAUGAAGAAGAAAGUGAUAUCUUUGUCACAUCCACCUGUAGUGGAAUUUUAUCCUCUAAUGCGGAGGUUAAAGACACUUCCUGGUCUUUUGUUGCAGCUUCACGUUUAGAGGACUGUGCAGUUAACCUCAGUAGUCUUUUGUGUUACAUGCUUUCUUUACUUAUCCAUGCUGGUGGCUAGACAACUGGUUGGAGAAAGGAAUCUUGUCUGAUGUGUGUGUGUUUAUCAUUCAACACUUGUUUUGUCUUCAUUGUCUGGAUAAAUUCCACACUUAAACUGACCUUCAAAGAUGUCACAGCAGCCCAAGCACUAAUCUAUUUAGGUGCCUAUUUUCUAUUGGUAGAUUUUUGUUAGGCUACUGUAUGAUGCUCCCAACAAUAGCCUCAGCUAUAUGUUGCCCCUUGAGGCUGCAAGUCUAAGCAGGCUUACUCAGAAGCAAGAACUGGUUCUUUAUACAGCACUACAGGCAUUCCAAUGUUUGACUGAUGUUUGUAGUAACCAUGCUUGAAGACAUUAAUUGGAGACUG